AUGCUGUCCUUCGCGAACAAGGCCAAGGGGAUCGUCACCGACGGCGACCCCCUCGCCUAUGUCAUGGCGCCCCCGCCCAACGAGUCGGAGGAAGAGCGCCAGGCGCGCCUUGCCGCCGAGGCUGAGGCGAAGAGGAUAUCCGACGCCAUCGAUGAAGAGCUCCAGCGCCAGGCCAAGAGCGAGAGGCGCGGUCCUCGCCCGGUCAAGAUUCUCCUGCUAGGUCAGAGCGAGUCCGGCAAGUCGACCACCCUCAAGAAUUUUCAGCUCAUGAACACACCAUCUGCAUUCCGCAAAGAGCGCGCGUCGUGGCGCGCAGUCGUCCACCUCAACAUUGUCCGCUCAAUCCGUGUAAUCUUAGAGGCCAUGGCCGAAAUUCAGGCGCAGUCCCCAUACAACUCUUCUCCCAUACGCACGCACCCUCCCGACUCCCUCGCCCACUCCCCAUCCCUCGUGCCAAGACCCUCCCACCGUUCGCUGACUCCAGAACACCUGAAGUUGAAGCUCCGCCUAUCCCCGCUCAUCCAGGUCGAAGAGGAACUCAUCAGACGACUGACCCCCGUCGGGUCUGGCGAGCUGGAAGCGACCCAUCUGCAUGGAGACCGCUCGCGUGCCCUGGACAGGGAACUCACAGUCAACAGUCAGCUCGCUUGGCGAGGCGUCUUUCAGCGCAUGGUUGGCCGCAACAGCGGCGAUGGCGAGGGCGACUACAUUGAUCCCGGAGAUCCUGCGCGGGUUCUGCACGCUUGCGCCGACGACAUGAUUGCUCUGUGGCACGACCCUGCGAUCAAGACCAUGCUCCGCUCACAGGGCACCCGCCUUGAGGACCUCCCAGGAUUCUUCCUCGACUGCAUUGAGCGCGUAACUCAUCCAAAAUACGUUCCGACUGAUGAUGAUAUUCUCCGGGCGCGACUGAAGACCGUGGGCGUGUCCGAGCACAGGUUCUCCAUCAAAGAGGGGUACUCAGGUACCAUGGCCCGCGACCUCAGAAUAUACGAUGUCGGCGGACAUAGGUCAUUGCGAGGUAACGAAAUCUGCGCCGCAUGGGCGCCUUUCUUCGACGACAUGAAUGCCAUUCUGUUCCUCGCGCCUCUGAGCGGAUUCGACCAGGUGCUCACGGAAGACCCGUCUGUGAACCGUUUGGAAGACUCGGUGCUCUUGUGGAAGUCGAUCUGCUCGAAUCCCCUUCUUGGGAAGACAACCAUCAUCUUAUUCCUCAACAAGAUCGACAUCUUCCAGGCAAAGCUCGAGUCAGGCGUCUCGUUCAGCCAGUUCAUCAUCUCGUACGGGAACCGGCCAAACACAUUCGAGGACACUUCGAUGUACAUGCGGAGGAAGUUCGGGCAGAUCCACAAGGAAUACUCGCCUCAGGCACGGAGCUUCUACAGUCAUUUCACUUCGGUCACGAACACCGAGACGACGAAGGAUCUGCUUCUCAACGUGCAAGAAUCCAUUAUCCUAGCAAACCUGAGGAGCAUCAACCUCACCAAUUGA